UCCCCUUCCGGCCCCCCCGAGAGGUGGGGCUAAGGUGGCAGCAUGAGGCUGUCGCUCGCAGCCGCUAUCUCCCACGGCCGUGUCUACCGCCGCUUGGGCCUCGGCCCCGAGUCUCGCAUCCACCUGCUGCGGAACUUGCUCACGGGCCUGGUGCGCCACGAACGCAUCGAGGCGUCAUGGGCACGCGUGGACGAGAUGAGGGGCUACGCGGAGAAGCUCAUCGACUAUGCGAAGCUGGGAGACACCAACGAGCGAGCCAUGCGCAUGGCUGACUUCUGGCUCACUGAGAAGGACUUGAUCCCAAAGCUGUUUAAAGUACUAGCGCCUCGGUUCCAAGGUCAGAAUGGGAGCUACACCAGAAUGCUGCAGAUCCCAAAUCGGAAGGAGCAAGAUCGGGCCAAGAUGGCAGUGAUUGAAUAUAAAGGGAACUGCCUCCCACCCCUGCCUGUGCGAAAGAGAGACAGCAACCUUACUCUCCUAAACCAGCUGCUACUGGGGCUGCAGCAGGACCUGCGCCAUAACCGAGAAGCAAGCCUCCACAGCUCCCACACAGUUCAAACACCAAAGACUUAACCGGGGCUGGAGAGUGCACAGCUCUCAUAAAUGUGUUCACAGACCGUGGAGCUCUUGUGAUGUGUGAGAAAUGGAAGUAGCUUUGUCAAGUGGAACGGUGGUAUGGGGCCCAGACCUUGCUGGUUCAUCAUCCUCUCUGCACAGUAGAUAAAUUUUUGAUGUGAAAAUAUGAGAUUGAUUUUCUUGUCCUAGGAUUUCUGGAAAGUGAGAGGCAUUCAGAUGCUCAGCCACCUAAGAUAGUAAAUUCACAGCUUGUGUUUCUGAAUCUUGGGUCCAGUUUUGCUUUGCCUUUUGGUGGGGAAGGGGAGUCUUGAUGUCCAGGCUGCAUCUAGCAUACAGCAGUCCUGUCCCUGCCUCCCCAGUGCUGGGCCUUCGUGUGCCACCACCACACAGGGCCAGUUGCUUAUCUUUUUAUUCUUCUGAGACAGGGUUUGCUCUGUGUGGACCUGGCUAUCUUGAAACUCAUUCUGUAGAUCAGAUUGGCCUGCCUCUGUGUUGUGAUUGCUGGGAUUAAAGGCAUGUGCCACCAGUGCCUGA